AAAACAAAGAAACAAACAAACAAGCGGGCGUCAGUCAACGACUAAACAUUUUCUCCCAUUUUCCUUCUCCCUUCUUCCUUCCUCGAACUUUCGCGGCUUGGCGUCCGCUCGACGCUAUUAUUGGGAAAAACUCUCCCUCCGACUCCGUACCUCAGCGUCGGCUUCCAAAUCGGUUGCUUGGACUUCAGCAACAAGUCAUCGAUUUCCAUGAUUUGUUCGUAAUCGGGGAUUUUGUUCAUCUCGGAUUCCCACCAAACCAGCUACUUGCCCUCGCUACCGCUGUUUUACUUCAAUUCACGCCUUUCAGUUUAUCCUGAUAUUUCAUCUUAAUCUUCAUUCCAGCUCCCAAUUAUCACCAAAAUCGUCAUGAUGGGAGGGCAAUCCAGUAAGACGAGUAAAGCUGAUGUUCCUUUACCUAUCAGAAUGGGCACCAAUUCCCACUUCGCGGCUGAUUUGCACUCGUACGAAACUGCAUGUAUGGCCGACCCGAACUUGCAAUCCUUCGACGCCACCAUUCAAGAGCGCACAAAUAGGGUGAUCAACUCUCUUGCCAAUGGGGUUCAGGUUCGCUCGUUAUCUUUUGAUUCUCUGAGAGAAGUGACUGAUGCUCUGUUAGAAAAUCACGAGGAAGUAGUCAGAAUCUUUCUGGCAUGCAAGAACGAUAUAUUGAAGAACGAAGGCCUUUCCUCCUUGGUUGACGAAUUUUUUGAAAAUAGCCUUCAGACAUUGGAUUUCUGUAAUGAACUUAAUAAUUGCUUGAGACGGGCACGUGAAAACCAGGUAACAAUUAAGUUAGCACUCAACAAUUUUGAGCAAGAGAUCGAAAAUGGGGUGGAAGGGGUGAGGUAUAUAAAGACAUUGCAGCUGCUGAAGAAAUUUAAUGACGCUGGAGACCCCUUCACGGAAGAAUUUUACUCGAUGUUUCAAUCGGUUUAUGCUAAGCAGGUAUCAAUGUUGGAGAAACUGCAAUCCAGGAAGAGAAAACUUGAUAAGAAACUGAAAUCCCUCAAGACAUGGAGGAGGGUGUCAAAUGCUAUUUUUUUGACUGCAUUCGUUUCUGUGUUGAUUUUCUCGGUGGUGGCAGUUGCUAUUGCUGCACCUCCUAUUGUAACAGCUUUGGUUGGUGCAUUGGCUGUUCCGAUAGGCUCAGUAGGAAAAUGGUGUAAUUCACUAUUCCAGGGAUAUGAAAAAGCUCUGCAAAGCCAAAGGGAAGUGCUCAGCUCAAUGGAGUUCCGUACCUAUAUCACAUUGCAGGACUUGGAUAGCAUUCGGUCUCUUGUCAACAACUUGGAAAUAAAGAUUAAAUCACUGUUGCAUAAUGCUGAUUUUGCUCUCAAGGAUGAGGAUGCUGUAGAUCCUGCAAUAGAUGAGAUCAAGAAGCAGAUGGAACUUUUUUCCGAUAGUAUUGAUACUUUGAGUGAGCAUGCUGAUAGAUGUAGUCGGGAGAUAAGAAAAGCGAGGACGGUGGUUAUACAGAAGAUAAUAAAACCUCCAAGUUGAGAGUUCUUAGCUGAGUUUAUUGAUGGCUUUUUAUUGUUAGCCUUUUAUUUUGGACCAUUUUAGACUUGCUGAUUAAACACCCGGAUUAUAAAUUGAGGUGCUUGAAAAGGAAAUACGGGGAUGGUACUUGUGCAUAUCAUUUCUAUACUUGACAGUAUGUAUGGAUCUUUUGAGAAUAUAUAUAUAUACACUUGUAAUCACAA